GCUAGAUUUUACUGCUGCAGAGAAGGAGGCAUUUUUUGUUGAGGUGAAAGAAGCUGCUAUUGGGAACCGUGGGCUGGACAUGCAAUUUAUCGGCAUCAAUUUUCUGGAAUCUCUGGUAUCUGAAUUUUCUCCAUCUACAUCCACUGCAAUGGGUCUUCCUAGAGAAUUCCACGAGCAGUGCCGAAUAUCCCUAGAGCAUGACUAUAUGAAGGCGUUCUAUCGUUGGGUGCAAUAUGCUGCUUUUAAUGCGUCAGACAGAAUUGUUGGAGCUGAUUCCGAAAUUCCAGAAGUUAAGGUCUGUUCAGCAGCAUUGCGUUUGAUGCUUCAAAUCCUGAACUGGGACUUCCGAGUGAAGAAUGCUGUUGACAAUUCAAAACGAGGGAUUGAUGUAUUUUCUGAUGGAAUGAAGCAGGAAAAUAACUCUCUUAGAAGGUCUGAGUGUGUCUUGGUGCAGCCUGGUCCUGCAUGGCGCGAUGUGUUGGUUUCCAGUGGUCAUGUUGGAUGGCUUUUAAACUUUUACACUGCACUUAGGCAAAAGUUUUCCUUUGAAGGUUACUGGCUUGACUGCCCUCUUGCAGUUUCUGCUCGGAAACUUAUUGUACAGUUUUGCUCCUUAGCAGGACCCGUCUUUCCAUCUGACGGCGGGCAAAUGCAAAGACAGUACCUGCUGCAACUGCUAGCCGUAAUUGUUCAGUGGUUGGAACCUCCUGAUGCUGUUGCAAAAGCAAUAAAAGCAGGAAAAAGCGAAAGUGAAAUGCUGGAUGGCUGUCGCGCACUUAUGUCUGUUGCCACGGUGACUACCCCAUUCGUGUUUGAUGAGCUAUUGAAGAAUCUGAGGCCGUAUGGUUUGCUUACUCUUUUGUCUGCCCUGAUGUGCGAAGUUUGUAAAGACCUUAUGGAGAAUCGCACAGAAGAAGAGACAUGGAGCUGGGUGGCACGUGAUAUUUUACUAGAUACUUGGACAUCCCUGUUAGUGCAAUUGGAUGGUAAUGGACCUGAUAAUUUACUUCCACCUGAAGCCAUUAGUGCUGCAGGCAAUCUCUUUAGGCAGAUAGUAGACUCUGAAUUAAAGGCUUCUUCAGCAUCUGCUUUUAGUGAUGAGGACGAGUGUGAUGCCCUUCAGGCUUCAGUGUCUGCUAUGGAUGAGAGAUUGAGCUCUUAUGCUCUUAUUGCUCGAGCAGCUGUUGGGCACGCAAUCCCUCUUCUCACAGAACGCUUCUCAGAACUUGUGAUAAGGGUUAAUCAGGGUAGAAGCAUAAGAGAUCCAACUGAAACUUUGGAAGAACUUUAUUCUCUCUUACUCAUAACUGGGCAUGUUUUGGCUGAUGAAGGGCAGGGUGAAACUCCUCUGGUGCCAAAGCAGAUAGGAAGUUACUAUACUGAUAUAAUGGAGGCGGAUAAACACCCGGUUGGCAUACUUUGUGGUUCAAUCAUACGCUUCGCCGAGCAAAGUUUAGAUCCAGAAAUGAGAAAAUUGGUGUUUAGUCCUCGACUGAUGGAGGCGGUUGUGUGGUUCCUCGCAAGAUGGUCUUCAACAUACUUAAUGCCACUUGAGAGAAGUGGAGAAAAUGGAAGCGGCUUGGAAAACAGAAAACACUCUGCCAACUCGUUGCUUAGUUUCUUUGGAGAGGAAAAUCAGGGAAAAGUUGUGCUUGAUAUCAUUAUUCGCAUCUCUUUGACCACACUUCUUUCAUACCCAGGGGAGAAGGACUUGCAGGGACUGACAUGUUACCAGUUGCUUCAUGGACUUGUUAAGCGGAAAGCUGUUAUUUCCCACCUUAUUACCUUGGAUUCAUGGCACGACCUUGCAAAUGCUUUUGCUAAUCAAGGAGUGCUCUUCUCAUUAAGUGCUGAUCAUCAGCGUUCGCUGGCCCAGACACUUACUUUGUCAACGUCUGGCAUGAAAACUUCUGAGGCAUCAAAUCAGUAUAUAAACAAUCUGACAAGCCACAUGAUAUCCUCUUUGGUGGAACUAUCUGGAAAACCUGAUCUGAAAAUCAUUGGUCAACAGCCUCACAUCAUUUUAUUGGUUAGUUGCCUGUUGGAACGACUUCGUGGAGUUGCCAGAGCAUCCGAACCUCGUACGCAGAAGGCAAUUUAUCAAAUGGGAUUCUCAGUGAUGAACCCCGUUUUGAUCUUUCUUCAGAUAUACAAAGACGAGUCCAUAGUUAACUAUAUUCUGCUCAAAUUUGUCGCUGAUUGGGUGGACGGUCAAAUUAUCUACUUAGAGGCUCAAGAAACUGCUGCUGUUGUCGACUUCUGUAUGCGUUUGCUUCAGCUUUACUCAUCUCACAAUAUAGGCAAGAUUUCAGUUAGCCUUUCAAACACAUUACGCACUGAAGCAGAUACAGAGAAAUAUAAGGAUUUGCGCGCACUCAUGCAGCUUCUCUCAAGUCUAUGUUCAAAAGAUCUCGUUGACUUUGCAUCUGAACCAAUUGAGGCCUAUGGUACAAAUAUUUCUCAGGUAGUAUAUAUGGGUCUUCACAUAGUCUCUCCUUUGAUAACUCUGGACCUGCUGAAAUACCCCAAACUGUGCCACGAUUAUUUCUCAUUGCUGUCACACAUGCUGGAGGUUUAUCCAGAAAUAAUUGCAAAGUUAAAUGUUGAGGCCUUCAGUCACAUUCUUGCAACUCUCGAGUUCGGUCUUCAUCAUCAGGAUGUUGAAGUUAUUGACUUAUGUCUAAGAGCUGUGAAAGCACUUGCUUCCUAUCACUACCAAGAUAGAGGUGCCGGUAAAGUUGGUUUAGGGUCACAUGCUACCAGCUACAAGGAACCUGAUGGAAAAUUUCAUGAAGGCAUUCUUAGUCGAUUUCUACGCUCAUUGCUUCAACUUCUUCUUUUUGAGGACUAUAGCACGGAUCUUGUCGGCUCUGCAGCUGAUGCACUCCUUCCACUUAUUCUUUGUGAACAAAGUGUUUAUCAGGUAGGUGACAUAUUGUAUUUCUUUUACUUGGCUUUGAUUGUAGUUUAA